AUGGUAAUGGAAGAUUUGGAAGAAACCACGAUUAAAAAACUACCUUUCACGAUACCAUUCUACAAAAGAUAUGUCGAUGACAUCAUCGUGGCUAUACCAGAGAAUGAAAGCCAAACCAUGAUGAACCAUUUCAACAACCACCAUCGGAAUCUAAAAUUCACUGUAGAGGAGGAAGUCAGUUCAUCGAUAAAUUUCCUGGACAUGACCCUGAAUAGACGCAAUGACGGAAAGGUCGACACGAAAUGGUACCAAAAAUCCAUAGCUUCCGGAAGAUACUUACAUUUCCAAGCCCACAACCCGAUGACACACAAAAGAAAUGUCGCAACAACACUCACCGACCGGGCCAUCGCUUUGACAAAUCCACAAGACCGACCAAAAAGCAUCGAAAGAGUAAAAGAACUUCUGACAGGAAAUGGAUAUCCAGAACCGUUCGUUUCGAACAUCAUAGCGAAUCGAGUCGACAAAUACUACAACAACUGCAGAAUAAAAAGCGACAGAAAGAACCGAUUCAUAUCGGCACCAUACGUUCCCGGUCUGUCCGAACGACUGAAGAAAACGCUGAACAGAUACGAUAUGACGUUAAGCUGCAAAACGACAAAUAAAAUUGGCAACAUCUACACACGAACGAAAUACAAGAUACCUAAAGAACAAAAAUCGAAAGUCGUAUACCAGAUCAAAUGUCAAGACUGUAACUGCACAUACAUUGGCAUCACGAAACAGAAAUUGAAAGAUAGGAUGACAAAACACAAGAGCGAUGUCCAUCUGAAGAAACAACAGAACACCACCGGACUAACACUCCAUGCAGUAAACAAAUCCCACACGUUCAAUUUCAAUGACGUCACGAUACUCGAACAGAUCCCGAACUAUUGGCAACGUCUCAUAGCAGAAAAAAUGUACAUACACAAGACGCCGAAUACAGUCAACACACAAACAGAUAAAUCAGGUCUACACACCUCAUACGUUAACCUGAUGAAAAUACAUCGAACAAUGAACAUAGAUCGCCAAAACGACAAUGCUAACAACACUGCGCACGACACUCAACCAUAA